AUGGUCGAAUUUGCCGUCUCAGACAACCGCGCAGAUGGCCUGGCUAUUACGGAAGCCUUUCGACAAGCUAGUGAUGACGAUGUACGGAAUGCCAUGAAUGCCAUGUCAAAUCCUACAGACGUGGAUUCUCUAAAGUUCUAUAUCAUACCUUCGUCAUGGUUUGUGAAAGCAUGGCGAUUGUUCGGCGCCCGAUCGGAAGAUGAUGUUGAUGAAAAUUGGAGAGAAAGCAUAGGAUCGAUUCAAAACAUAGAACUCUUGAACAUAGAGCACGAGGUCACCAGUGAUGAGGAAGAUCCGGCGGAAGAUCAGCAGAAGAAAAUGUUUGAAAAGCUUCACCUGAGGAUGGCAAAGAAUCUCCAGGAAGGCAAAAUAAUGAGUGAACUUGAACAUACCAAAGACUAUUUUUUCCUGGGUGCAAGUGCAUGGUUGCUGGUGAAAGAGAAGUUUGGCUUUGAUGGGUUAGAACUUGAAAGGCCAUGUGUGACGAAUGCUGCCAAUGGUUCCCUAGAAAUUCAAUUGAAACUUGAAGAGUCGAAUGGAACUACACCAAAGUUGAUUACAAUCCCCCCUUCUGGAAGAUUUGCUUACGAGAAAGUAAUGUCGAGCAAGGUGAGCAACACAGUUGCGAUCAUUAGUGAAGGAACGAAUGGAAAUGCUUCAAGAAUGCCCAACGUGACGACUUCUAAUCCGGGAGCAAUCAUUCCAUUUAACUCAACCUCGAAAUCCAAGAAUGGAAAGAGUGCAAAUGAACCAGAAGACUCGAACGACCAGGACAUGGAGACCGAUAGUCAACCGAUGGCGGGGCGAAAGCGACACGCAUCGGGACUUGGAAACAUAGGCAAUACCUGUUUCAUGAAUUCUACUCUGCAAUGCCUUGCACACACAGAACCGCUCCUGCAUUAUUUCCUCUCUGGAGAGUAUCAAGCAGACCUCAACAAAGACAACCCAUUGGGUACUGGUGGAGAACUAGCCUCGGAGUUCGCCAACCUUGUUCGUGAGAUGUGGGGUAUUCCAAUCAGACGACACGGUGUCGUUACUUCAAGUUCGCUCUCAGCGGUCUACCCUCGACAAUUCAAACAAUGCGUCGGGAGACACGCAGAGCAAUUCAUGGGAUAUGAUCAACAUGACUCCCAAGAGUUUGCAACCUAUCUCCUGGACGCGCUUCACGAAGACACAAAUCGGGUAACGAAAAAGCCAUACAUUGAGAAACCAGAGAAGGUUAAGGAUGAAUCCGAUGAUGAUGCGGCGAAUAAAGCUUGGGAGCUUCACUUGAAAAGAGAAGAUAGCCGAGUCCUGGAGAAUUUCAUGGGCCAAGUGAAAAGCCGCCUGGAGUGUUGCACGGCCAAUUGUGAUCGUGUGUCAACAACCUUUGAUCCGUUCAUGUACCUUUCCGUCCCAAUCCCCGGUGAAACUGAUCGGCAGCUCAAGAUCACUUUCGUUCCACUAGAACCAAAUGAAAAACCAAGAAAUUUCGAGCUUACCGUGCCGAAGACUGCAGCUAUGGGCAAAGUAUUUUCAAUGCUAAACGACGAGCUAAUCGCAUUGGGAGUCCGGAGUGAUCCCAUUCCUCUUCAUGAUUUCGUAGCCGUGGAUGUCUGGUCACAUGAAAUUUUCAGCUGGUACCAAUUGGACUCGGAUCUCGACAGGAUCCGAGAGACGGACACAACAUUCAUUUUCGAAUUGGAUCCGCAAAAUGAGAUUUCUAUAGAAUCAAAGAAGAGAUCAGAUGCGCCAGACGACGUUGAGAAAAGUCUUUCCAAAGUGAGCGAUAGAAGUCGGGUCAAUUUGGAUGUCGAGACUCUGACAAGCUUAAACAAAAACGAUCACUGGCAGAGCGAAAUCGAGAAGUAUGUGAAGGUCUCGCACACGGUGUACAUUUUGUUCAAUGAGAAAAGGGGAACUGUCGAAGAUCGUCUACAUUUUUACAACAAACUGAAGAUAUUCCUUGAACAGUGUCAGAAAGAAGUGGAGGACCACGAGGAGUCGUCGGCGAAGACUGAUGCUGUCAAGGACGACGACGAAAUGAAGGAUGAAGGUGGCAAUGAUGGCGAUGGCGAUGGGAAAACAGCUGCCGAUGCAGGAGAGAUACAAGGAUUGAUUGAUCGGACCGAUGCAUCUCCUACAUUUACAAAUGUGAAAACGCAGCGCGAUGUAGAAAUUCUUGGAUUCUGCGCAAACAAAAUUCGUCAACUCAUCCUCAAGCUGAUAACUGACAAGAAGAACUUAUACAGCGAUGGUAUUACAAUUCAAAUUUCGAUGAGGAAGCACAAGACUGCAUACUCUUCGAGCACAAAGCUUGCAACGCCUAUAGCCCUCCGCAUUCCUUCAACGAUGACAGUUUACGGUCUUCGAAAAGAACUGGCGAAGCGACUCUCGAGAUCGCUACAAUCAGAUUUGAAGGAUCGGGCGAAUAACUCGGCAGGAUCGGCUGAUACCUUGGAGGACAAAAGUAGGCCCAUGAAUGGCGACCACGUCUUUGGAUCUCCUGAGCUCUCUAUUAUGCGACAAGUCCCCUUGUCCUUUGAUCGGAAGGACGGCACCAGCUACGGCGGCACAAGGACGACCUACAACUCCAAGCAGCUCGGAAUGCUUGAAAAGACGCACGAUGGAGAAGGCACUAUGGCCGAUCCAAAUGAUGAUGCAGAAAUGGCUUAUGUGGCAGAUAUCUUGGGACCACUAGGAAACGUCACAUUGGAAUGGCCUGGUGAUUUGUGCGACCGAUGCUUUGAUGAAGUCGAGUACGAAAACGUAGAAGAAAGUACAACAGAGGAAGAUGGGAAAAAAGAAGAGAAAGCUGUAACAAAUGUUUUGGACUGUAUAGAAAAGUACUGUCAAAUGGAACAACUGGAGGAAACUGAGAUGUGGUAUUGCAAUCAAUGCCAGCAACAUGUCCGCGCAUGGAAGCAAUUUCACCUUUACCGAGCACCGCCAAUACUCAUCAUUCACUUGAAAAGAUUUCAUUAUUCUGCCAGAACACACCGUCGAGAUAAAAUCACGUCCUUCAUUGACUUCCCCUUGAGAGGACUUGAUUUGACUAAGCUGGUUUCAAGUUAUACAGAAGAAGGAAAACCAAUAUACGAUUGCUAUGGAGUCAGUAAUCACUACGGUGGUUUGGGCGGAGGUCAUUACACAGCUCACAUCCUGGACGAAGAUGGCUCAUGGAACUACUACGACGAUACCCGUAUGACCAAGGCAGAAGAAAAGGAGGUGCUCUCGGAGGCAGCCUAUGUUUUGUAUUACAGAAGACAAGAUGUUCCUUUUGAACGAAAUGUUGCCUUUCCAACACCAGAAGCUAUCCCACCAUUACCCCCUGCUCCAGCCGCGAUAGAGGGCGAACCUACCAACGCAAUGGGGAACGAUGAAAGCGACCUCUCUAGCAAUGUAUCUACCUUUGGCGUUGUGGCAGAUGAUGAGGAUGACAUGGCCGUCGACGGUGACUCCAAAGCUGACUCUUCACCAGUUGAGUCAAUGGACGCAGAGAUUGACAUCGCCGGCUUCACAAACGAAGAUUUUCCACCUUUGCAAUAG